AUGGAUGAGGUGACGGAGCUGGAGAUGGGGGGGAACUCCCUCCUGAAAGCCAGCCUGAAAGCCGUGUGGCUCGGCCGGCUCCUGCUGCCCCGGCUGCUGCUGGAAGGGGGGGCUUACAUCAACGAGAGCAAUGAGAAAGGGGAGACCGCCCUGAUGGUGGCCUGCAUCACCAAGCACGUCGACCAGCAGAGCAUCAACAAGGCCAAGAUGGUGAAGUAUCUGCUGGACAAUAGAGCCGACCCCAACAUCCAGGACAAGUCUGGGAAAACAGCCCUCAUGCACGCCUGCAUCCGCGGCGCCGGGGGGGACGUGGUGUCCCUGCUGCUGGAGAACGGGGCAGACCCCAGCCUGGAGGACCACUCGGGAGCAUCGGCUCUGGUCCACGCCAUCAACGCCGACGACAAGGACGUGCUGCAGCACCUCCUGAAUGCCUGCAAAGCCAAAGGGAAGGAGGUGAUCAUUAUCACCAUGGACAAAUCGGCCUCUGGCACCAAGACUGCCAAGCAGUACCUGAACGUUCCCCCCUCGCUGGAGUUCAAGGAGAGGGCCCCCCCCGAGGUGUGCACAGCACCCUCCAGCGCCCACCUGAAAACGCCCGUCUCGGCACCUUCCCCUGCUGAGAAGGAAAGUGGCAUUUUCAGCUCGCACCCAUCGCACCCCGGGGACAGCCUCUCCACCAGGGCUGCCGACGAGCCCCCCUCCCCUGGCCGGAGGGCCGGCACAGCCAGGAGAGACCGACCGUCCCUGGUACCCAUCGCUCCCAGCUCGCCCAGACGGGGCGACUUGAGAGCCAAAAGGAAGCUUCUCCGGAGACACUCCAUGCAAGCGGAGCAGAUGCGGCAGCUCUCCGAUUUUGAGGAAAUAGUGGCCCAGUAG